CCCAUCAAAAAGUACACCUUGAAUAUAUUGUUUGGAUUCAUUCCUAUACUACAUUGGUUGCCAAAAUACAAAAUUCGAGAAUAUCUAUUAAAUGACUUAAUCGGUGGUUUUACCGUUGGUAUUAUGCAUGUUCCCCAAGGUAUGGCUUAUGCGUCACUUGCUGGAUUGGAUCCCAUUAAUGGUUUAUACACAUCCUUUUUUCCACCUUUAAUAUAUAUGUUUUUUGGAACAUCGCGUCAUAUCUCGCUCGGUGUCUUUGCUAUUGUAAGCCUUAUGGUCGGCAGCACAAAUAUAAGGGUGACCGAAGAAAUAAAUCAGUUCGCUAUAACUCAGAAUUUAACAACACUGGUCGAUGGACUGCGUUAUGUGGUAACUGCGCUAACCUUGUGUGUCGGCUUGAUACAGAUCGUUAUGGGUUUGCUAAGACUCGAUUUUCUAACUCAGUAUAUGUCAGAUCAAGUGAUUAAAGGAUUCACGACAGGUGCCGCAGUUCAUGUUUUCGUUGCUCAGUUAAAUAAAUUAAUUGGUGUUCCACUUUCACGACAUAGCGGAUUUGGCAAGCUUUUUAAAGUAAUACGCGACUUGUAUGAAGAAUUGUCCAGCGCAAACAUGGUAACCAUCACAAUCUCUACGAUUAAUAUCAUUGUUCUAUACGUAUGCAAAAAUUAUUUAAGUGUUCGACUGAAAAAAGUAUCAAGAAUACCCGUGCCCUUCGAUCUGAUAAUUGUGAUUAUUGGAUUAAUUAUAUCGAAAGUUCUGCAACUUGAAACAUCAUACAAUGUUCAAGUGGUGGGAAACAUACCGAUUGGGCUUCCUUCUCCGGCCAUGCCGAAACUGUCGCUCUUUCCUUAUAUUUGGAGUGAUGCUCUCGCAAUAUCCAUUAUUGUCAUUGUUGUUGGUGUUUCCAUGGGUUCAUUAUUUGCGAAAAAAAAUAAUUAUGCUAUUGACAUUCGUCAGGAAUUCUAUGCUAUGGGUUUAACAGAAUGUGGCUCUUCAUUAUUUCCGUGCUGGCCAGCUGCUACAGCCUUAGCCCGCUCUGUCAUCUAUGAAUCUGCAGGAACAAAAACACAAGUACAUGCAAUAAUAUUACUUAGGAUUAUAAAAUUGUAUUUCUUGGUUUGCAUUUUAUCUUCUGUCAUCAUCGUCGCUUUAAAAGGCAUAUUUAUACAAUUCUUAGAACUCGAAACUUUAUGGCUUCAAUCAAAAAUUGAUUUCGUGAGUUUAAGUUUAUAUUUGUUUAUUGGAAAUCACCGAAAAGCACUGAAUCAUUUGGGAUCGCUUUUUCAUAUUUUGAGGCACUUUGGCUAG